GAAGAGCGAGCCUCUACGACUGGACGUUAUCCCGAAACGAAAACACUGACCAUUGCCCAUCCCUUUCUUGAUCAUCCGAAAGAAUUCCAAUCGCACAAUCAGUUCAACAUGCUCCACCAUCAGCCGCAAGUUCUUUCUCCCCUACCAGAGAUGAACUCCCAGUCCUCCGAUGCCAGUCUCCGGGCAAGGAAGAUGUCCGCCGGAGGGAACAGGUCCUGGUCUGAGGAAGAGGAGAACUACCUCCUCCAGACCCGCAUGCAGAAGAUGCCCUACAAGCACAUUGCUGCUCAUCUCAAGAAGACUGAGCUGGCCUGCCGUCUGCACUUCCAUCAAUUGUCGCACGGUAGCCAUCGCCUGGACCGCGAUGACUAUUCGUCGUCAUCCCGCCAUGGCUCUCCUCUGAGCUACACUGGCGGCAGCCCGCAUAUCAGGGCCGCGUCUAUCACGGCCUCUCCCGGCCGCAACCAGCACAAGAUCCUCCUUCCCAAGCCCCGCCCACUGAGCCCCCGGGAUUCCCCCGAACCCUUCAAUGCGCUCCGCAUCAACACUGAAGUCGCCCACCAGCCCAAGGUCGUGGACACCGACCGCCUCCGCGCCAUCUACGAAGCUCACCGUCAGCAGUUCUGGGCCGCCGUCGCUGCUGACUACGGCGCAGACGUCUCCCCAGCCCAGCUCGAGGAAAUCUGGCGCUCUGGCUCCUAUACCGUCCGGCCCCCUACGCCCGACGCUUCUCCCGAUGGCAGCAUCAUGCAGAAUCCCGUGCUCAAGCCUUCGCACUACACGUACGCGUCUCCCGUCUCGGAAACUGGCAGACACUUCUGCAGCCCCUUGAGCAACAGCGCCGUGUCGGCCCCUGCUACUGAUCGGAUGUCGUACGUCCUGCCCAUGCCGGUACCCAGACCAAGGAGCGGGACAUGGAGUUCGGCGCCCAGGGAUAAUGUGCCCAUUGCAAGUCUGCUGAAUGAGGAUAAGAAGUAGAGCGACAGAAGAUGGGAAGAGGUUUUUUCAGGUUUCUGAACUUUCGCUAAUGAUCCUUUGAGUAUGACUUUUGUAUUGGUUGUGGGGGGUGGACACUGGUGGGAUGGGGUGCAUGAG